AUGGAGCUAAACAGCAGAAGCAAGCAGUCUAGCAACGCAAAGGGCAAGGCCAAAGCCACGGCCAAGAUCGUAGAAGAAGAGCAGGAGGAGGAAGUUACAGACUUCAGCUCAAGCAGCUGCAGUUGCUUCUUCUGCGCCACUAAGCAGCCGGACGCCCGGAUCCGCCGCGCCAGCCUUGCCGCUUUAUUCAGGGAGCUGCCUUACUGCGAGGAUGACGGCGGCGGCAAUAAUGGCCAGUCAUGUGCCGCGGCGGUCGGCGCAGUGUGGCGCGCGGCCAUGGCCGCGCCCGACGACCCGGAGCUCCCGUCGCUCGGCGCGAUCCGGUGCAUGUCCCUCCUCCUCGCCCGCGCGCUCGCCGACGCGGCGUGGUGCCGAUGCGGCGACAAUGUGUACGUGCCGUACUACGCCGCCCACGUCAUCGGUUCGUACACUAUCCGCUCCUCCGCGCACGCCGAGCUGGCCGUCGCGGCUGGGGCCGUGCGCCCCCUGCUGUCCCUCCUCGGCGGCGCUAUGACGUGGGUCGAGCAGCGCGCGGCCGCGCGCGCCCUGGGCCACCUCGCCAGCUACGACGCCACGUUCCCGGCCGUUGCGCGGCACGCCGCCGAUGCGGUGCCGCUCGCCGUGCGAGCCGCGUCCACCUGCAUUGGCGACGUCUACGCGAACUUCGUCGCGCUGGCACCGAGCAGGCGGCCAAAGUACCAUCGCGACCUUGUGACGUGGGGGAACGGCGGUGGCGUUGACGCCGAGGACCGCAAGGCGGAGGAGUGGGCAAGCCAGCUCCAGUGCUGGUCGCUCUACUUCCUGAGCGGCCUCGCCUCCAGUGACCUGUCAUCUCAUGCCAUGAUAUGCCAAGAUGCCGCCUUCUUGCGCGAGCUGUCCCGGAUGUGGGGAGGCCUGGCGAACGGCGACUCGCCCGCCGGCGUCGGGUUGAUGCGCCUUCUCUGCCAGAGUGCAGUCGGCCGCGCCGCCAUCGCGGCGUGUCGCGACGUGCUCUCCAGUCUCUGCGACCUCGCGCGAUCGUCGGAUGACUGGCAGUACAUGUCCAUCGACUGCUUGCUCCUCCUCCUCGACGACCACGACACUUGGCACGCCGUUGCUGAUGCCACGGCGCCGUGCCUCGUUGACUUGGCCGAGCUCCGACACCUCGGUCCAAGGCGACGGCUCGGCGAUGCCAUUGCAAGUGCACUGCUUUUUGAUGAUGACCAUGCCCGUGGCCGUGAAUUAGGAGCGGAAGCAAAUGAAGCGAUUGCCAACUUGAGGGAGCUGAAGGUGGAGAGGAAGGAGAGAGAGGAAGCAAUGCCUAGGGAUGGGCUGCUCAAGAGAGAGAUAUUAGCUAAGGAGAAGAAGAGGCAAGGCAAUGACAGGUUCUUGCACGGCGACGUGGACAAGGCCAUUGAUCUGUACACCGAAGCCUUGGAGUUGUGCCCCUUGAACCGGAGGAGGGAGCGGCUGGUUCUGCACAGCAAUCGCGCGCAGUGCCGGCUCGCGCGGCGCGAGGCCGACGCCGCGGUGAGCGACGCGACGCGUGCUCUCGCGCUGGCGCGGCCGGAAAACGCGCACGCCAGGAGCCUGUGGCGCCGCGCGCAGGCGCACGACAUGAAGGGCAUGGCCAGGGAGAGCCUCCUGGACUGCCUGGCCUGCGCCGGCGCGUGGCUCGACCGCCGGAAGCACCCGCGGAGGGCGGCGCGCGGCGCCAACCCGAAGGUGCCGUACUGCGUCGCGCGGAUGAUCAGCAAGCAGAUGAGCGUGACAGGGCUGUUCGCCGGCGUGACGACGAACGGCAACGAGGCAGGUAGUGGUGAGUGCAUGCCACGGUGCAGCGAAGACGACGACGGGGACGACGAGGACGACGAAGAUGAUCGCGAUGAUGACGAUGAAAGCGAGGAGGAGGGAUUUGCCAACAAUGCUAGAUUGGAGAUUUGAACGUCAGGUUAAGCAGGAAGUUAAAUUGUGGAACACCAUACGCUAUCUUAAAUUGAUUUGUAGUAUUGAUCAUGAAAUGGUUUUCAUGGCUCAGGUAGGGAUUUGCAAAUCAUUACGGGAGAUGCUUGGAAGAGGUUGGCACGAAGGACAUAAAAGUGCAAAGCUUUUGUUAUCUCAUGAUCCACAGUUGUAAACUGGCACACACUGAUAAAUGUAGGGAAAUAAGGGCUCCACUGCGGCUAUUGCUAUUAGCCAGAGACAGAGUUGGAGAUGAAGUGAUCGGUGCAGUGGCUACCCUUUGAUGCGCAUGGUGAAUCCUAAUUUUUGCAUUUUUAGGUUCACAUGUCAAUUAUUAAUCAUUAGAAUGAAUCGUUAACCGUCAUUUAUAGAUCGUCGCAACUGUCAAUUUCUUCAU